AUGACGCCCUUCACCACCGCCAAACUCCUCUCCCUCCGCGCCUCUCUCUCUGCCCACCCCGACCAAGAAGUCCUGCGCAGCUACUUCAAAGGCUCCAGCAGCAACCCCCUCAGCUCUGCCGUUCUCGUAACGCUCCACCGAAAAUGGACCACACACCCACCGUACCGCCUACUCUCCCUCGGCAUAACGACCUACACACGCACCAGCACGCACGACACGCCACCCCCGACCCCCGGCCCACACGCCGAGAACCUCCUGCGUGAGCUCUGGUGUCUCCACCUCGUCAUCCGGCCCACCGCCCACAUCGACAGCAGCGCAGCGACCGGGCCGCCGCCCUUCCACUUCGGCACCACAAUCUACGUGACGCUGGCCGAAGCGCUAGAUAUGCUACACGCUAUCUGGCACCAGCCCGUUGACGAGGACAACUUCAAAGCAGGUUUCAAACCCAUUGUCUACAUGGCAUUUGGCUCCAACGACGCCGUGGGAAAGAUUCGUCGUCCGGCCUUUGAUUUCGAUCCCAGUGGUUUCGAUACCACGGUUGCGACGCUAGAUGCGCAGAUCAUCCCGCAGCAAGCGAAGAUUACGCGACACGCAGAUGCUAAUCUCAAUUACUUGUUGGCUCAGUUCAAGCUCAAGCUGUUCGAUGAGGAAAACGCGGGAAAUGCGGCUGUUUAUACGACGGCGGUGGCGGUGCUGUCGAGUUUGAGGAUGGAGCUUUAUCAGGAUACGAAGAAUAAAGUUGCUAAACCAGGGAGGACGGGCGUGUCAAGUGGGAAGGAGGCGAGGGAGGUGGUGCAGGGGCUUAUGAAUGGUCCGACGCCCGCGCCGCCAUGGGGGACGGAUGUGUUUUGUGUGCGGUGUGGGAGUUGGGAGCAUGAGGGUAGGGAUUGUGAGUGGGAAGGGGAGGCGUGUGAGAAGUGUGAGAAGUCUGGGGUCAAUUGGAGGAGGGAAAAUGCUGGGACGCAUCUGGGGGAUGUGUGUGGGUUUCGUUAA